UAGCUAUUAAUUUUAAUUUCAGUUUUACUUGUAGUUAUUUUAACAUCAAGUUAAACGAAAUGAAAACAAGAAACAUUGCCUUGGCAACUAGCUGAAAUUAAAUUUAAGUAAUGUAAGUGUUUUUUAAGUUUUUUAUAGGCCUAUUCUAAAUUAUUUCCGUUAACCUUUAUUUUAAUUCAAGUAACGGAAUAGUUUUAUGGUUUUAGUAUAAUAAUUUAGUAGAAUGUCUCUUACUACUGUUACUGUAUGUCAUAUUAUGCCCACAGUCAUUUACUGGUAUAUACUGCGCUCUAGUGGCCAUUAUUUCAUUAUGUAAUCUCUGCGUUAUAUCGCAAACACAAACGUUCCUUUAUGCUUGUUUCCUUCCAGACCUGUUUUCUUGUUACACUAUAACAAAAUUCAAUUUUUUAGACCUCUACCUCUCGUUUCAUCAUGUACUGUUGUAUGUUAAGGUCUUUUCAUAUAAAAGGGAAUAAACUCAUACAACUCACUAGAGCAUCAUUCUCUCAAAAUCCACAGUCAUGGGAUACAUCAUUAAAGCUUUCCAGCUGCACUGUAUACCGCUGCACACACUCACCUGUUUCAGGCAGUCUGUGGCAACCCUUGACACACAGGACACAACAGCCAGCAGCAUCACACCGCUGUAUGAGCUCCACUGCGCGCAGGAGACGCCUGCCAAGUGCCUUUCCAGUUAUAGAUGGAGCAUUUCAGCCAUCUCACAGACAUGUAUAUGAAGCCAAUCUCAGGAACAGCCUGAUCUGUCAGCAAAAAUACCUUGAACACAAGGAAAAAGUAAUGAAGGGAGGUGGUGAAAACGCCAUAGCACGGCAUACGCAGAGGAAUCGAAAGGUCCUGGUACGAGACAGACUCCGCUUGCUGCUGGAUGAUGAAGAUUAUUUAGAACUUUCUCCUUUUGCUGGACUUGGCCUGCCCUAUGGAGACAUUCCAGCUGCAGGCUGUCUCACAGGAAUUGGUAAAAUUAAUGGACUUUGGUGCAUGUUCUGUGCUAAUGACGCUACUGUGAAAGGAGGUACAGCGUAUCCCAUCACAGUUAAAAAGCAGCUCAGGGCGCAAGUUGUGGCUAUGCAGAAUCGUUUGCCUUUCGUUUAUUUGGUGGACAGUGGUGGCGCAUUUCUGCCUCUUCAGUCAGAGAUCUUUCCUGAUAAAAACCAUGGUGGACGCACCUUUUACAAUGAAGCAGUUAUGUCAGCAAUGAAAAUUCCUCAGGUGUCAGUAGUGUGUGGGUCAUGUACAGCUGGUGGUGCCUAUGUCCCCACUAUGUCUGAGGAGUCGGUGAUUGUCCACAGGAUAGGAACAAUAUUUUUAGGGGGUCCACCCUUGGUGAAGGCUGCCACCGGGGAGGAGGUUUCUCCAGAGGACCUGGGAGGAGCCAGGCUACACUCAGAGUAUGCUGUUUCCAUCGUUUUCUUGGGGAAAUCAACGGAGGCAUUGGCGGGUUCAUGGGCAAGGAGCUCGGGUGGCGCCAUCAGGGCUGAUGGCCUGAGCGGCAGCGGCAGGACAAAUGGCCUGGGCGGUGGUGUCAGGGCCGACCAGGGAAACAUGCUAGAGGAAGACACUCCGGCUGAGAGGCCCCUGUACAGCACGGACGAUCUCAUGGGCCUUGCAUGUCACAAUCACAGCAUGGAUGUCAGACUGAUAGUGAGUCGCCUGACCGAUGGUAGUCGGUUUCAGGAGUUCAAGGCCCGUUACGGUACCACCCUCCUCACUGGGUUUGCUAGAAUUGAAGGACAUCAGAUUGGAAUUGUGGCAAAUAAUGGAGAGCUGACGUAUGAAGCUUCCCUGAAAGGCAGUCAUUUUGUUCAGCUGUGUGACCAGAGGGACAUUCCUCUCAUCUUCCUGCAGAACACGGCUCCAGAACCUGCACACACACUCUCACAAACCAAGGCAGAGUCCAACACUAACAGACUGAAGGCUCAGGGUUCCAUGAUGUCUGCUGUGGCUUGUGCUUCUGUUCCAAAAAUUACUGUGGUUAUUGGAGGAUGUCAUGGAGGCGACAGCUAUGCUAUGUGUGGAAGGGCUUUUGACCCUAACUUCCUGUUCCUUUGGCCUAAUGCAAGAGUGUCAAUUUUGGCCCCAGGCCACUCAGAGGCAUUUGUGCAGACUGAAGAGGAAAUCACACAGAUUAAUGAGAUGUUGGAGGAAGAGAGUUCAGCAUUCUUUUCCACUGGCAGACUGUGGGAUGAUGGUGUUAUUCUACCUCAAGACACCAGAAAGGUUUUGAGCAAGUGUCUGAAAAUCAUUAAGCAACAAGAGUAUCAAUUGUCCAGAGAGAAGAUGAGGACUCCCUUUCUCCGAAUGUAACACUACCAGAAAGUGGACUUUUUAAACUUGUAUAAGGUCUUUAUUAAAGUAAUAAACUAACACACAUUUUAAAGACACUUUAUUAUAAAGACAAUUUGCCUGUAACUUGCCAUCAGAAGCAGUGCCUUAUUGUUGUUAUUUUCUGGCUGAUGUAAAAUAAACAAAUGUGUACAUA